AUGUAUUUGAUGAUUGGCAAAGAGCCAAAAGAGCCGAGGGAAGACCGGUCUCGACUCGGAUGUAAUCCUCAUAACUUCGGUGAAAAUUCGGGUUCCGCAGCUACCAACAGCACUCCACCAUAUGCUGGGACCAGCGGGGCGCGGUAUCGCGAGAUAAAGCCCGCUGCCAUUGCUCAAGCCGCCAAAACAUUUUGGCAGACUGCCAAUUCUACCAUACCGCAGUCAACUGCUUGUUUUAUGGCCGAAAUUGAACCAAAACCUCGAAUCGGCUGUUCGACCACACUACCCGUCAAAGCUCCAUCUUCCAUCCAGGACCUAGGCCACUACCCCCAACCGUCUUUCAAAUUCCGCACCAAUCCACUACACGCGCUUUCCACAGACGCCACCCAUGGCCACGGGCCGUCAGCCGUUUUCCCCCUG